UGGAGAGUAUAAGAGGUGUUCACAUCAGCCAGAGCGCACAGACACACACAGCUGACCGCUGCUGAGGGGGCCACCUUGUCCUCCUCUAUCUGGAUAAAAAACAACAGAGGAGUCACCUCCAUUCUUUUUUUUUUCCUUUUCAUUUUUUGUGAAACUCUUCCACUCUCUUUCCACUUAUUGUCUUCAGUCCGAGAAGCAGCUUUCCGAUUGAGUUCCUUCAGACAAGUGUGUGAGCAAGUUUUCAGCACCACUGUAGAGUGGACAGCGCCCAGCAGCAUGGAGCCCUACACGGUGGCCGGAGAACAGCUCUCUCUGUCCGACCUUUACUCCGUCAUCCCCUUCAAUGUCAACUACACGGACGAGGAGAGCGGCUUGCAGAACUACACCGAGCAGCAGCAGCAGGCUCCGGCGAGGAGCGCCGCGGGGAUAAUCAUAGCCAUCUCCAUCACGGCUCUCUACUCUGUCAUCUGCGUGGUGGGACUCCUGGGCAACGUCCUCGUCAUGUACGGGGUGGUCAGAUACACCAAGAUGAAGACGGCCACAAACAUCUACAUCUUCAACUUGGCUCUUGCCGACGCCUUGGCCACCAGCACGCUGCCCUUCCAGAGCGCCAAAUACCUCAUGAACACCUGGCCGUUUGGGGAAAUCCUGUGCAAGCUCAUCAUCGCCAUCGACUACUACAACAUGUUCACGAGCAUCUUCACCCUCACCAUGAUGAGCGUGGACCGCUACAUCGCCGUGUGCCACCCGGUCAGGGCGCUGGAGUUUCGGACGCCGGUCAAGGCUAAGAUGAUCAACGUGCUUAUCUGGGUCCUGUCAUCUGCAAUCGGGGUGCCCAUUAUGGUCAUGGCUGUGACCAAAGUAAAGGAAAAUGGUAAAACCAUGUGCAUGCUGAAGUUCCCCGACCCUGACUGGUACUGGGACACUGUGACAAAGAUCUGUGUCUUCAUCUUUGCUUUCGUGGUUCCUGUGAUGGUCAUCACCAUAUGUUACGGCCUGAUGAUCCUGCGUCUGAAGAGCGUCCGUCUGCUCUCGGGCUCCAAGGAGAAAGACCGCAGCAUGCGCCGCAUCACCCGCAUGGUCCUGGUGAUAGUAGCGGCCUUCAUCAUCUGCUGGACCCCCAUCCACAUCUUCAUCAUCGUGAAGACCUUGGUGGAGAUCGACACCAGGAACCCCUUCGUGAUUGCCAGUUGGCACUUGUGCAUCGCCUUAGGCUACACCAACAGCAGCCUCAACCCGGUCCUCUACGCAUUUUUGGAUGAAAAUUUCAAGCGGUGCUUCAAGGAUUUCUGCCUUCCCUGUCGGACCCGCGUGGAGCAGCACAGUCUGACCAGAGGCCGCAACACCACCCGGGAGCCGGUGUCUGUCUGCGCCCCAACGGAAGUGGGGAAGAAGCCGGCAUGACUAGGCAUGGACUGGGUCCCGCACAGCUCUCGCUCAAGGAGGAUCCAACAAGAUCUGCAAUCAGAGGUCACCCAGAUCUCCACAACAGAGUUUUAAGAGAUCUUAAAAGAGACAAAAGAUAGUCUCAAAGAACUGAGUCGUGCCACUAAUUGUUUCCAAUUUGGAGAAAGACUGGACAUCCAGAGGAAUAGCUAAUGAUAAUGGAAAACAAGUUUCACUCUGAUCUUACUUUUCUAUUAAAGUUAUGAAAACAAAAUGGAAUGUUUUUUUUCUCAAAUGAUGAUGCCUUACAAAGGCAGUGACAGUAGAUGGGGCGGUUGCCCAAAGAGUAUCCAAAUGUCAAAGCAAGAUUAUGAAAUUAUGAAGAGUACAAGACUUUUUGGUGAUGCAAAAGGGACAAAGAAACACCUUCAGGUUUAAAUCUUGUCAAGCAAAGAAUGCAUCGUUCAGACACCAUCCAUCAGACGGAGUGUAAGGGUGAAUAAAAAACAGGAAUGUGUAACAAUGGGCUUUUCAAUCCAGACUUCGUCAUUUCUUCUAAGGAACGCUUACUGUAAAAGAAAAAAAAAGAGAUUUUGGUGAUAAAGUAGUAUUAUGAUGGAGAAAAGAGAAUAUCAUAAAGAAAAAACUUUUUCAUUUGUAUCUUUAACAUCAACACAAAACAGAUGAGCCUUUCAGAGCACGACUGAUAGCCACCGACAGCUGGAUGAUGAAUUACAGCAUAGUUUGUUGCACAACAAGGUCAACCACUCUCUACAUGGAGAAGUAGGGGAAUCGUGUUUGGUAUUGUAAGUAAUUUUUAGUUUUUACAAUGAAAAAUAGAUACUUUUACUUUGUUUCCCCCCCCCUUUAGACUCAACUGUGUUAAAAGAAAAACAUUGCGGCUCAAUGUUCCAUGGAUUUGAAAAUGUCUGUCACAUGAAAUCAUAAUCAAGCCCCAGGUGUGUGGGGUUUUGUGCUCAAAUGGAAAAAUCCAGAAUGGCAUCAAACCACUGAAGCUUGGCUUUCUAUGGACGUCUUCUCUGCUCACCUACUUGACUUUCAUGAGUGGUGUUCAAUCCUGCCUCUUGGCAGAAUCACUAAAGAACAUUGGUUCAUUGUUUGAAACAAAUGUAAAGUCAAUGAAACUCAGACUGAGAGCCUCUUCAUCACAGCGUCGAUUGAGACGUCUGUCCUUGAUGUCAACAAACUGCUUCAAGUAGUUUACUGAUCUUCAUUUUAAACGAGCGUUAAGGCCGUCAU